AUGUCAGACGAGCUACCUCUAGACCUUGAACAGCUUAGCGAAAAGUCUGGCUACAUACUUGAUGAAGAGGUGCUACGACAAACACAUAGCAUCAGUCCAGAUGUAGAAAUCAAGAAAUCGUCGAAUGGACUAGUCCUGAUUCCACAACCGACAGACUCACCACGGGAUCCGCUCAACUGGCCAAGACAGAAAAAGAUGACAAUUUUAUUCAUGCUUGGAUGUUGCGCAUUCACUGCGGACUAUUCAGCAGCUACGGGAGCUUCAGCGUUAAUUCCACAGGCCGAAGAAUGGAAUAUCACGCCUGAUACUGUUAAUCAUGCGACCGCUGGGAAUACAUUCAUGCUUGGUGCUGGUGGUGUGGUCGCCGUAUGGCUCAGCUACUACCUGGGACGUGUCCCCGUGCUACUUUACUUCUCUUUACUUUCAGCUGCCACGGCGGUAUGGUCGGCGAAUGCUCAAAGUUUCGAGUCCUACAUGGCUUCUAGAAUCCUCAAUGGCUUUUUCGCUGUUGCAGCAGCAGCAGGUGGUCUCAUGAUCAUCAAUGACAUUUUUUACUUUCAUGAGCGGGCUAGGAUGAUCAAUCUCUGGUCAACGAUGCUCAUCCUGUCCCCUUUCCUCGGGCCAUGCUUCAUGGCGGCCAUUGUUGACACGCACAGCUGGAGAGACGGUAUGUGGCUUAACUUUGCAAUCAUCUCAGGAACCCUAGUGGCAGUAGUUCUAAUCGGCGACGAGUCCUACUAUCCUCGCUCUGUCCCCAUACACAGCAUUCCAAACAUUCAAGGAGACUCCCGAUAUAUGCGACUAUUAGGUGUCAGCCAAGUACGCACCAGGUACACGUCAACAUCUCUCAUGGGCGCAGCUAUUCGCCCUAUGAGAACGAUCUUGAAACCACCAGUGAUCAUAAUCUGCUUGUAUUACUUCUUUGACUUCGGUUGGACCAUCGCAAACAACACCACUAUCUCUGUUUUUGCAAUUCCAGGCUACAACCUACGCCCCAGCGGUCUGGCAGCGCUCUACGUCGCGCCAAUAGUCGGCGCCAUCAUCGGUAUGGCAUCUGGCCAUUUCCUCUUUGAUAUCACUGGCAAGCUAUAUGCGAAGCGUAAUGGUGGACGCCUCGAGCCCGAGUCUCGCCUGUUGCCUCUUUGGCUUGUCCUGCCGACUAAGAUUAUUGGAUACAACCUCAUCGGCUCUGCUCUAGAGCAUCGCUGGAAUAUCUAUGUGCUUGCCGUGGGUUGGGGUCUGCAUAAUUUCUCAACGAUCUUCACCACGUCUGCAGUGUCAGCGUAUGUCGCGGAUGCGUAUCCAGCCGUAUCCGGGGAGUCGGCUGCGUGGCUAAAUUUUGCACGAGCACUCGGUGGGUUUAUCGUUGGGUAUGUGCAGAUCUCGUGGGCGGAGAGUUCAGGAACUCAAGUGGAGUAUGGUAUUCAGAGCGCGAUAAUGGGAGCUGCCUUUGUGUUUUUUGUCGUUCCGUUGCAGAUCUGGGGGAGGACAUUGAGGCAUAGGUUCGGACCGGUGAAGCUGGAGCAUGAAGUGCACAGGCAAAAUAAUUGA